GUUUGAUAGAGAUUUCUGGAACUUACAUAAAGACGGCAGCUUACUCUGACUACACUUAACUAAACGUUGCAUUCCGAAUUUGUUGUUGUAUUUUAGUUUCUGAUAAACCGAGAGGCAACAUUACGAGUUAAGGAUGUAUACGGCCGGACUCAACCCGUUUUACGCAUCAAAUUUUAGUCUUUGGUCUGCUUAUUGCGCGGGUGGUUUCGCUAUGGAUACAAUGAAGAAGCCCUCCUUUUGCAUUGCUGACAUUUUGCAGGUCGGGGAUGCUGAGAACAUCCCGGGAUCCUCGGCCCUCAUGGCUCAUAUGGGACACCGUUCUCAGGUUCACGCCUCUGGAUCGCCAUUGCGUCCUUCACCGGUGGGGCCAGAGCAGUCGAUCUACGGUGGGAGAGUGAACCCCGGGUCUCCAUAUCACAGACACGGAAUACACUUAACUUCGAUAUCUAGAACGAGUCUCAGCUCCCAACAAGCUCCCCCACCUUCAAGCAAGGACCUCAAGUUCGGAAUCGAUCGGAUAUUGUCAACAGACUUCGACCCCAAAACAAAAGACAUAUCGUCUUUAAGAGGUAUGCUCAAGGUUCUCUAACUGCCAAAGAAAGCAUUCAAGAAUGCCAUUAUGUUUUAAAGGCACUUUUUUGUAAGAUGGCUAUAUUGACUUAAGUAUACAUUUAUAAAGUACUGACCUUGAAGACACCAAAACCACUGUGGCAACACGUACUUUAUCCUUCAAGCACUCAUAGAAAAUCUCAAUAUGAAUAUACAAGCUUCCACAGCUGCCACAUUAUAAAACUAGGAACUCUUUAGCUUCAGACAAAAUUCAGAGUCGCACACAAAAGUUCAUUUUUAGCUGAAAAGUUUCAGCGUUGAAUACUCGUGUAUACGUUGCGGUAAUUUCUUACUUAUCUCUCGCCCUGUGACAGAUCUCACGUCCAUUGUUAGCUCGAACCGUCAGUCAGGGAUCCAGCCAGCGAGCCAGUACUUCGCAUCCAUAGACCCGGGGAUGAGCGACGCUUCCUCCAUGAUGAGCUCACUAAACAGCGCCAGGCAAUCAGGGCAGCAUCAGUUUCAGGACACCUUUCCAGGUAGUGUAGCCGUCCGCAUAUUUCAAAUGGCCUUUUACGCACACAGCGCAUUUAAGGAUUCGAACAAUAUUUUUUUACAUAGCCUUUCAUAUUCAGACUUUGCUUUUAAACCUUAGGCCUAUCUUCUGUUGUUGUUGUAUUUCUGAUUAAUAUAAUUUGGGAUUUUGAUGGCUUGACCACUUUUCUAGGAUAGCCCCUUAUAAUUUACUAAAUAUCGUUACACUUUGAAAUUUGAACGAAUAAAUAACAUUGCUCGACCUUUAUGUCCCUUUGUUUAUACAGGUCCAUAUGCUGUCCUUACUAAAGACACGAUGCCACAGACGUACAAAAGGAAGAGGUCCUGGUCGCGCGCCGUCUUCUCCAACCUGCAAAGAAAAGGGCUUGAGAAACGAUUCGAAAUACAGAAAUACGUCACCAAACCCGACAGAAAACAACUGGCUGCAAUGCUUGGCCUAACAGACGCACAGGUAAGAUACGUGCACGUUACUGUAGCCUAUAAGCCUCAAUUGGGCUAUUUUAUGGACAAGCAGGCCAAUUCAAUCAACCAUGUUUAAGCAUAGACCAUGCAAAUCUGGAGUUCUUUUAUAGAAUCGUUGAUUCUUGAGAUGGAAAGACAUAAUAGUGUAAAACAAUCAAACUUGGCCUUGUGUUGCUACGACAGGAAGCCUCCACUCAGAGGACACACCCGGUAAUAUAGCCCAGUAGGCAACUGCACAAUUGCGCAAUGGAGAACUUCUAAGCAAAUGAAAGUCGAUUACAACGAAUUAUUGUGUGUGAGUCUCGAAUACCGAUGAAGUAUGCCCUCUGAAGUUAUUGUCUUUUCGUUUUAGAUGGGAAUAGAUUUCCUCUGUUUAUUAUGAGCAUAGGGGCGGAUUUGCGUCACCAUGCAAUUUGCAGGUCGAGAUAAAGUUGCACAAAUAUUUUAAAAAGGAAGUUGCAACAGUCAUUAUAAAGUUAUUGCAAACGGAUAAAGGUCAUUGUCUUACCUAACCACAUUGGGGUUAAGCAAUACAAAUAUAAUAUAUAGCUGAUGUUUAAUUAUUAUUUGUAUUGUUCUUGUAGGCUAGGACCACCUUUACGCUAAGUAUGCCCAUCAUUUUUUUUUUUUUAUUCUACUUUGACUUCAUUGUAGCCUACCUAGGCUACUAUAAAGUUAUUCGUUCAGAAAUGUAGACUAUGAUUUCCUUAUCAAGAAGAUCUUGUUGUGUUGUGUAGAGGCUGGCCUUGAUGCUCUUCAUUAUGUCUCUCUAUGGGUCAUAUUUCUAUGAAGCAUAUUUCAUUGUCAACAUGUUGGCGAGUAACAGGCUCAGGCCGACGACGUCUAAACAAGCUCGUGCACUUUCUCCGCAGGUCAAAGUGUGGUUCCAGAACAGGCGCAUGAAGUGGAGGCAUUCGAAAGAAGCCCAGGCACAGAAGGAUAAGGAGAAGGAGACACCGGACAAGUCACUGACAGAGGCCGAACCCAAGGAGCCGGAAGAGUCCGAGUGUGAGAGCGAAGCAAGCGAGUCCGAUUUCGAGGACGGACAGGAGGACAAGAGUGACAUGGACAUUUCUGAGCACAACAAGACUAGUGUGAUAAUGACCGGGGCCAUCCCUGUGAGUACCGAGGAGGCGAACUCAGUCGGUGCCCUUACAGAAACUGUGCCAUCAUCGCAAAUGUUGAUAUGAGUGCACAGUCAAAUGUUAUUUUUUAAAAUGUAAAAUUUAUAAUUUAAUAUAAAUAUUAUUUUGAUAAAUGGAUAUACAGAGCGGAGUUGUCCUAAAGUGGAGGGCCAGUAGGAGACUGUACAGCGUGUAUGGGAUAUUAUGACUCCCUCCAUCUUUCAGCUCUGUCAGUCAGUAUUAGGCGAUGUGCAUGACUUUUUCCUCAACUGAAGGAAAUAUUGUGUUGUGAAUUUUAAUCUGAACCACUUAUUACGCGUCCUGAAAUCCCAAAACAUGACACAAUGUUACAUGUAAUUUACUGUGGAAGCGUUGAUAAAUAUUGUUGUAUUAUAUGUUUGUCAAUAAUUAUUUGCACUGAAAAUAUUGUAAAUAAAAAGUUUCUUACUUUUGA